AUGUCUUGUCGACCCUUGCCGGGGUGGACAAUCCCUCUGCCCGGUUUUGCUCUGUUUUCUCUCCGAGAUCAUUCAAGAUCAUAUCAGCUCCUGGCCGAAUCUCGGCGUCUGCCGGGGCGAGCUACCGUUCUUCGCUAUUUCAGAAUAUGCUACUCUCAUCGUUGUGGGAAGCACAGACAGCGCACUGGCAGCAAUCCGGCCAAUGUCAAGUGCAACAGCGAUCCCCGAAAGAGUCACUCGGGAUCAGUAGAGGCCAACACUCCCCCGUUGGUCAUGGACUCGUCGCGAACGCUGUUUCGACAACAAAGCCAGCAAGCGAUCGGGGUUUAUUUUUCGGAACUUCCUUUACGCGAUGUGAUAUCCCGCUCCAAAUCAAUCAAAACAACAAAUCCCUAUGCAACGCUGGCGGGAACCAUUAAUGUCUCUCUCAGACAACCGACAAGGGGCGGGAGCUGCCAGGCUCAGCCGCCCUGGGAUUUUGAAACAUCCACCCGCUUGCAGGUUGUCAACCUUGAAUGUCACGUGACGGAACGAGUGAGAGACGCCAACGCUGCACAACCCGCCCCUUGGCGACCUGACAACUUGACAGCAGCAGGUGGCGGAAAAUGCACAUCAGCCGCCAACAGCACCACAAAUGGUACGGAGGAGUUACUACCAGAAUUAGGACUGGCAGGCAGCGAGUAUAUCCCCUCCGGCAUUGAACAUCGGGAGGAAUUGCGACGGCCUUCAUUGGCCCGCACACAGGGACAAACCAUGGGCCCACGAUGUCGUCGAUUUCUGCGCACAGAUCCCCCUAAGCAACGCCAGAGUGGGAACGUCCUGGGACGAUCGACGGGCUGCACUUUAGCACAGGUGGGUUCAGCUGAGUCCCGCUCUUGCGAGUCCGGUUGA